CUCUUAGAAUGGUGCGACAUUCGUACUCGUGAAGACAAUGAAAAAGAACUGGAUAAACUUCCUGGGAGAAAUAAAGAUCAUUUUAGAAAAACUACAGGACUGCCUCUGAGUUCCUUGUUUUUAUACACAAAAAUUCCUUGGAUAAUUAAGAAUGUUCCUGGUGUCAAAGAAGCCAUUGAUGAAGGAACCUGUAUGUUUGGAACGGUCAACACGUGGGUUUUAUGGAAUCUGACUGGGGGUUUGAAUGGGGGAGUGUAUUUAACAGACAUUUCCAAUGGACAAAUUACAGGGUUGUGUAAUUUGGAGACGUGUAACUGGGAUCCAGAAAUCUGCCGAUAUUUUGGAAUUCCGCACGAUGUAUUUGCUGAAAUUAGGAGUACGUCCGAAAUUUACGGUUAUAUAAAACAGGGACCACUAGCGGGAAUUCCGAUUUCUGGGAUGAUCGGGGAUCAAAUGGCGGGAACUGUUGGACAGUUGUGUUUUAAUAAAGGUCAAUCUAAAUGCACAUAUGGAACGGCAGGGUGCUUAAAUAUAAACACAGGUACUAAGGCUGUGUAUUCUAGCUGUGGAAUGAUGACUUCUCCCCUCUUUCAACUUGGAAAGUCAGCUCCAAUACUCUUUACUCUUUGGGGAGCCAUUGAAGGAUGUGGACAAUUGAUGCGAUGGUUAAGAGACAAUCUACAAAUCGUCAAAUCUGCCCAAGAAAUUGAAACCUUAGCAGCUUCUGUAGAUUCGUCACAUGACUGCUUUUUUGUUCCCGCAUUUGGGGGUCUUCUUUGUCCCUACUGGGAGGAUGACGCCAGAGGAACAAUAGUGGGAAUGACGGGGUACACUCAGAAAGAACACAUCUGUAGAGCGGCUCUGGAAUCUGUGGCCUUCAUGGUGAAAGAUAUUCUGGACGGUGUGGAGGUAGAUACAGGUUCACGGAUUCCUGAGUUAAAAGUAGAUGGUGGUGUGACUGUAAACAAUCUUCUGAUGCAAAUUCAAGCCAACUUUAUCAACGAAGCUGUGGUACGGACUUCUAUGGUUGAGGCGACGGCAUUCGGGGCUGCUUUAAUGGCAGGGGCCGCCGAAGAAAUUGACAUUUUUCAUCCGUCUCCUGAUAGAAUGAAACUUGAUGUUUCUUUUCCAAUUCACGAAACUACAUUUUUGCCGUCGAUGGCUGAUGAUGAACGCACAAGACUUUCUAAGCGCUGGACAAAGGCGAUUGAAAAGGCAAAACAUUGGGUGUCAGACUAAUUGCAGAAUUAAUCCAGUGUGUUUAGCUUGACCUAGCAAAACAUGCGCAGUUCAAAAAUAAAGGGUUCUUUGUACAACCCUAAUCUGGGAAGUUCUAUAUUCAUUCUAAAUGGUUUAAAUGAGACAGCUGUCAGGAGCAACAUAUUUGAUAAUUGCGUGAAAAAAUACAACAAUAAUAGAAAGUGAUUUUUAAAAUUAAAAUGAAUAUUCAUAGAAUGACGUGUCGGUAAAAUGUAGAGUUGUAGAAAGGAUUUUAUGGAUAUCUGCUAGGGUAAUGCUCAGAUUGACAUAUGAAAACACAACUAAAUGUUAAGGAAUUGGAAUUGUUCCUUUAUUUAACAAAUGAAUUACGAAGUUUUAUGCAAAGAAAAAAACAUACAAAAUAGUUAAA